AUGGAAAAACCAUCCUUUUUUUUCUUUCUCGUUUUUCUUUCUCGUUUUUCUUUCUCGUUUUUUUCAUCGUUUUUUCUUUCUCUUUUUUUCUUUCUCUUUUUUCUUUUUUUUUCUUUCUUUUUUUUCUUUCUUCUUUUUUUUUUCUUUUCUUUUUCUUUUUUUUCUUUCUCUUUUUUUCUUUUCUUUUUUCUUUCUUUCUCUUUUUUCUUUCUUUCUCUUUUUUCUUUCUUUCUCUUUUUUCUUUCUUUCUCUUUUUUUCUUUCUUUCUUUCUCUUUUUUCUUUCUUUCUUUCUCUUUUUUCUUUCUUUCUUUCUCUUUUUUCUUUCUUUUCUUUUUUUUUUCUUUCUUUCUCUUUUCUUUCUUUCUUUUCUUUUUCUUUCUUUUUCUUUCUUUCUUUCUCUUUUUUUCUUUCUUUCUUUCUCUUUUUUUCUUUCUUUCUUUCUCUUUUUUUCUUUCUUUCUUUCUCUUUUUUUCUUUCUUUCUUUCUCUUUUUUUCUUUCUUUCUUUCUCUUUUUUUCUUUCUUUCUCUUUUUUCUUUCUUUCUUUCUCUUUUUUCUUUCUUUCUUUCUUUCUUUCUUUCUCUUUUUUUUUCUUUCUUUUCUUUUUUCUUUCUUUUUCUCUUUUUUUCUUUCUUUCUUUUCUUUUUUCUCUUUUUUCUUUUCUUUCUUUUCUUUUUUCUUUCUUUCUUUUCUUUCUUUCUUUUUUCUCUUUUUCUUUCUUUCUUUCUUUUUUUCUUUCUUUCUUUCUCUUUUUUCUUUUUUCUUUCUCUUUCUUUCUUUCUUUUUUUUUUCUUUCUUUUCUUUUUUCUUUCUUUCUUUCUCUUUUUUUUUUCUUUCUUUUCUUUUUUCUUUCUUUUCUUUUCUUUUUUUUUUCUUUCUUUUUUUUUUUUUCUUUUCUUUUCUUUCUUUCUUUCUCUUUUUCUUUUUUCUUUUCUUUUUUUUUUCUUUUCUCUUUUUUUUUUUUUCUUUCUCUUUUUUUUUCUUUCUUUCUCUUUUUUUUUCUUUCUUUCUCUUUUUUUUUCUUUCUUUCUUUUUUUUUUUUUUUGUGGACACAAGGCUUGUCUAUACCUAUCUACAUAUCUAUGGUGUGCAUAAUGCUAGCAAUUCUUUCUUUUUUUUUCUUCCCUUCUGCAUCACCUCUCUCCCUCACCCCUUCCUAUUCUUUUUUUUUUCUUUGUCUCUCUUCCUUUACCACUUUUCUCUCCCCGUCUUUUCUCCCUCUCCUCUUCCACCUCUCUUUUCUCCCUCUCCUCUUCCACCUCUCUUUUCUCCCUCUCCUCUUCCACCUCUCUUUUCUCCCUCUCCUCUUCCACCUCUCUUUUCUCCCUCUCCUCUUCCACCUCUCUUUUCUCCCUCCUUUUCUCUUCCACCUCUCUUUUCUCCCUCCUUUUCUCUUCCACCUCUCUUUUCUCCCUCCUUUUCUCUUCCACCUCUCUUUUCUCCCUCCUUUUCUCUUCCACCUCUCUUUUCUCCCUCCUUUUCUCUUCCACCUCCUUUUCUCCCUCCUUUUCUUUUCUCCCUCUUUUUCCCUCCUUUUCUCUUCCACCUCUUUUCUCCCUCCUUUUCUCUUCCACCUCUCUUUUCUCCCUCCUUUUCUCCCUUUUCUCUUCCACCCUCUCUUUUCUCCCUCCUUUUCUCUUCCACCUCUCUUUUCUCCCUCCUUUUCUCUUCCACCUCUCUUUUCUCCCUCCUUUUCUCUUCCACCUCUCUUUUCUCCCUCCUUUUCUCUCCCCCUCUUUUCUCCCUCCUUUUUCUUCCCUUUUCUCCCUCCUUUUCUCUUCCCUCUCUUUUCUCCCUCCUUUUCUCUUCAACCUCUCUUUUCUCCCUCCUUUUCUCUUCAACCUCUCUUUUCUCCCUCCUUUUCUCUUCAACCUCUCUUUUCUCCCUCCUUUCCUCUUCAACCUCUCUUUUCUCCCUCCUUUCCUCUUCAACCUCUCUUUUCUCCCUCCUUUCCUCUUCAACCUCUCUUUUCUCCUCCUUUCCUCUUCAACCUCUCUUUUCUCCCUCCUUUCCUCUUCAACCUCUCUUUUCUCCUCCUUUCCUCUUCAACCUCUCUUUUCUCCCUCCUUUCCUCUUCAACCUCUCUUUUCUCCCUCCUUUCCUCUUCAACCUCUCUUUUCUCCCUCCUUUCCUCUUCAACCUCUCUUUUCUCCCUCCUUUCCUCUUCAACCUCUCUUUUCUCCCUCCUUUCCUCUUCAACCUCUCUUUUCUCCCUCCUUUCCUCUUCAACCUCUCUUUUCUCCCUCCUUUCCUCUUCAACCUCUCUUUUUCUUGCCUUUCUCUCUCUCUUCACCCCCUUUAUACUAUACCCUAUAUAAAAAGUCACAGUGAGGAGGAAAAGUUUCCAGGCAGCAGUCAAAAACUUUUUUUUUUCUGUCUUUUUUAUCUCUCUUUCCCUCUUUAUAAUAUCUCUCUCUCUUUCCCUCCUUAUCAUAUCUCUCUCUCUCUUUCCCUCCUUAUCAUAUCUCUCUCUCUCUUUCCCUCCUUAUCAUAUCUCUCUCUCUCUUUCCCUCCUUAUCAUAUCUCUCUCUCUCUUUCCCUCCUUAUCAUAUCUCUCUCUCUCUUUCCCUCCUUAUCAUAUCUCUCUCUCUCUUUCCCUCCUUAUCACCUCUCUUCCUCUCUCUCUCUCUUUCCCUCCUUAUCACCUCUCUUUCCCUCCUUAUCACCUCUCUUUCCCUCCUUAUCACAUCUCUUUCCCUCCUUAUCACAUCUCUUUCCCUCCUUAUCACAUCUCUCUCUCUGUCUCUUUCCCUCCUUAUCAUAUCUCUCUCUCUGUCUCUUUCCCUCUUUAUCACCUCUUCAUCCCCCUCCACUUUUCCUGCCAUCAGUAAUCCUUGCUCUAACAUCUAUACCAUUUGAAUUAGACGAGAAUACCUUUACCUAA